UUUUUUUUUCGUUAAAAACAUUAAAAAAAAAAAAGAAAAAAAGAAAGAUAGAAAGUAAAAAACAGGACUUCAACAUGCUUACGUAAUAUAAAAAAUAAAAAACUAAAGAAAACAAAACAACAGUCCACAGACGAUGAUAACUCAGACAAAUCAACUUUUGCUCUUCAUACUUUGAUUAUUAUUCUUUUCACGGACCCAAUUCACGAUAAUUGAUGUGCCUAACAUUAUACUAUAUUGUAUUUUCGGUGAAAAUGACUGUGCAAAGGGACAGAUUUUAGAGUUUUUAUAUAUAUUUUUUUGUUCGUCCCUUGCCCUAAUUCUUCUUCAAGUACACAAACAUUUCAAGGGAAUGUUCUGAAAUCAGAGGAAUCUAAGAAUACCCAUCUGGUUUGGAACAAACCCUUGUAGUUUUUGAGCUGUGUGUGUAUGUUGUAGAGAGAGAAAGUGAAAGGGAGGGAUGAAGGACUUGUUUGGUAGUCCAGGGAAGGUGAGUGGGCUUGUUUUGAGGAUUGGACAGUGUUUGUUUGCAGCUGCUUCAAUUGUGGUUAUGGCCACUGCUUCUGGCUUCUCUACCAUCACUGCCUUUUGCUAUUUAAUUGCGUCGAUGGGGCUUCAAUUUCUGUGGAGUUUUGCACUUGCAUGCCUUGAUAUACAUGCAUUGAGGAAAAGGAGAGGCCUGCAAACUCAUGUCCUUAUGAGCCUGUUCGUUGUUGGUGAUUGGGUGACGUCUAUUUUAUCCCUUGCAGCUGCAUGCUCAUCGGCUGGGGUGAUGGUUUUGUUAGUAAGAGACACGAAUUUUUGCAGGGACCAGCCGCAACUCUCAUGCAGUAUGUUCCAAAUUUCCACCGCUUUUGCUUUCGUCUCGUGGUUCCUCCUUGCAAUAUCUUCUUGUGUCAUGUUUUGGAUUUUGGCUUCAAUUUGAAUAAAUUCAUCAUCCACACCACUACACCCUCACUACGAAUACUCCUUACAGCACUACUAAUAUGGUUAUCUCUGAGACAUUUAAUGAAAUUAGUUCAAUUCUUUUUGUUCC